UAUCUUGAUCGUGUUUUGAACAAUUAACAACGGUCUAAGAGGAUAUGGUUUAAUAGAAACAUAACGCGUUGAUAAUGUUUAUCAUACAUUCGCACUACAGUGCAUAUUCUAUUGAAGAUGAUUGAAAUUAAAAUAAUAGCCCACCCUAUGUUCUGUAACUGAUACUCUGUGCUGAUUACAACAAUGCAGUAUCAGCUUAUGUCGACAAGUUUUCCCAUCGUAGUGAAAUACAUUCUUUCCACAGGAGCCCAUUGAUUGCUGGCCCUAGUGUUUGAAGCAAAAACAUUAAAAACAUUAAGCGGAGGUCCGUCCCUGUGUAUUCUAUUGAGUCGACUACUAUAACAUGAUCCUCUUAUGCUGGUAGACGCGGCGACAUGUAAGUCUGUGUUAUAGGAUACGAGAGUUGUGGGUGGUGGUUUACACAGAGUGUGUCUUCUUGAGGCAGUUAUGAUGUGUGUUUGUUAGCUGCCUAUGUGUUAUAUAUGCAUAAGUAUGGACGCAAGCAAGCCUUCGCUACGCAGUAGGUUCCUGAAAGGGAAAAGGCAAGAAGCUGUGCAGGAAAUUGAGGGAUGGAUCGCUUCAACAAGGGCAGAUACUAUAAAAGCUGGAGCGGCCCGCACUAAUCAGCCUUCAAAAAAUAUAACCGAACAAAAAAUGCUCGAUUCUAAACUAUACGACAUGUCGAAACAACGCUUUAAUUUCGUCCUACAAUGCCAAUGGCAGCGCAAACUUUUCAUUGAGAAGCAGAAACGCAAAACAGCGGUGAUGAGAGACUUGAUGAAGAACGUGGAUAUUACUACAACCUCAGAAAACCCGUUUUCUACCACUGCAAACAAACGAAGAGGAACCACCGUUAUACCAGGUCCCCGGUACCAGCAGGUUAUCCCUAUGCAAGCAAAGGCAGCCACCACCGAGCCCCGACCAAGAGCAGCUUCACCUGCAGCCACCCGCUCAACGGACACCGACGUUUUUAGGUUUGUUACAGAAAAAGAGGCUAAAAUCGCGCAGGAAGACGACGAUAACUCUACCGUUAAAAGCAGUGGGAAGUCAGAACCAAUUCGAUUUAGGAGUUGGCCGAUGUGCGACGCUCGAUUCCACAAACUUAGUGCGUCAUUAAGUAGUAAUUAUGAUGGAACUUUACAAAAAGCAAACAAAACAAAAACGUACACGUCCCUGUCCUAUAACACCACCGCGAAAGUUUUCUAACUUGUUUCGUUUACAAUUUGCGUAAUUUAUUCUCGUCAAUUUUCCCUGUAUGUGUAAAUGGUGUUAGAAGAUAACACAUUUGAAUUGUCCUCUGCCUUUUCAGUUUGCAGGUAAGCUAGUAUCUGCACCCAGCAUCCCGCCGACUUUCGUCAGUUUACCUUUUGCAGAUGACAGCGAGUGUUGCAGACGCUGAGUCAUCUGUGAUAAAUACAGAUGGUGGGGUUAAACUUUCAUUUAUUCUGAAGCCGUGACACAAUGGUUAGCGAAAUAUAUGCUUAUGAGUAUACUACUGUGGCAGUGGUUUAGCCACGUCUUACAGUAGUUAGCGUGUAUGCCCACGACGCAGAGGUUUCGGGUUCGAGGCUCGCUAUUUUAUUGCGGGUGUGUGUGUCCCCUAUACGGGUUCUUUAAAUUGUCAGCCAAACUUUGAAAAACAUAAAAAAAAACUCUCCUAAAAUUCUCACCUACACAGUUACAUACAGGGUAACUGAUACUGUUCAUUCAAAUUGAACAGUACAUAUAUAUUUUAUUCCUUCGGUUUAAUACUUGUCAUUGUUUUAUUCCAUCUUUGCAUUCCUUACCGUCUGUAAUUGGCGUAUGCGUUCCAAAUCAGACGAUCGCGCAACACCAUGCGUUGCCAGCUGAUUGGAUAAAGUGGAAUUUUCGUGACCAAGAAGAAUCACGUGUUUUUCAGUGUUGUCAAGUCUGAUUGAAAGCUCUUCAUUCCGUUGCUUAACAAGCUGGAAAAUA